AUCCCUACUCAUAGCAACUUCUCAACACACUAGGUUCAUCAAUGGCAGCAACCAUAGUAGCAAUGGCCAUGAUCAACGCAAAGUGCUUGAACGCUGGUUCACCAAAGUUCCCCAACCCCACCAAGCUUAUCACAUCAAAACCAACCUCCCUCCUUUCCCUUCAGAACCUACCAAAUGGCCUUGCCACAAAAAAAGAAAUUGGAAGCACUAAACUAUCCACUUCCAUAGCAGGGACAGCAAUAGCAGGAGCCAUUUUCUCAACCCUUGGAAGCUGUGACCCGGCUUUUGCUGCACAGCAAAUAGCUGAAAUAGCCGAAGGCGAUAACCGUGGCCUGGCACUGUUGUUACCCAUAAUUCCAGCCAUAGCUUGGGUUCUGUUCAACAUUCUGCAGCCAGCACUUAACCAAAUCAACCGCAUGCGUAGCACCAAAGGGGUUAUCAUUGGGUUGGGUCUUGGUGGGUUAGCAGCUUCAGGGUUGGUGUCAGCACCAGAUGCAUCGGCUAGUGAGAUCGCUGUGAUUGCUGAAGCUGCUAGUGACAACAGAGGACAGCUUCUGCUGUUUGUGGUUGCACCAGCUAUUCUUUGGGUUCUAUAUAACAUUUUGCAGCCUGCUCUCAACCAGAUCAACAGGAUGAGAUCCCAGUGAUUUGCUUAUAAAAUAAAAUAGGGUCUUUUUCUUCUUCUUUUUUCUUUUGUGGAAGUGCAUCAUGCACUUCAUUUGUAACUUGUAUCUAAUGCUAUAUCAGCUUUUCUUUUA